AUGGAACAAGAAUCAAAUCUACACAACCUCCCAAGCUCAGCAGGCUUCAUCGACCGUCUCAUCAACGAGCUGGCCAGAUUCCAAGCGGAUCUACCCAGAAACACCCCAGCUGAACUAGACCCGCCCAGGACACAAAGCACCCACCAGCCGAAGCCACCGCAAAACGCACUAUCACGACUCUCACCAUCCCAACUCGCCAGAGUCAAACCACUACUACUCACAUUACACUGUCUCUUCCCCAAUGAUCUCCUCCCAGCCCUGGACAUCCUGGACCGGAGGCUCGUGCAGAGGCUUGUAGUGCGCGGGGACAAAGUCAAUGCCGUACCAUCGGCAUCGGCAUCUACCCAGGAGGGCCACCCGGGGAAUAAUAAAGAGAUACAACACGAUGAAUCAAACACAGCAAUCAAUCAAACUACACUGGACGAUACCAAACCCGAGGAUACACUCAAAGAGGAUCUAUUUCUCUUUCUGGUAACAUCCGCUUCGUCAGCCCCUGCAUACCCCAUCGGAGCAGCACCGGCAUCAUCAACUACGACAUCAACGUCAACAUACACCACCAUACAACAACCACAAAAAGUCUACGAAGUCCGCCUAAACGCCUGGAACUGCACAUGCCCCACCUUCACGCUCUCCACAUUCCGUGAUCUAGAAUCCCGUCUACACUUUGUCUCCAAGCCCGAUCCAAUUCCCAGCCCCAGGUUCAAGUUCAGCUCGCCUCCUCCAUCCAACACUGCAAUGCUGCGUGACAGGGACGAUGGAUCUGCAUUUACAUCUGCGCCCACAUUUGCAUCUACAUCUGCGCCCGAGUCUGCAUCUGCAGUCUACCCCUUCGGUGGGACAUUGACUUGUCCUACCGACCGGGAUUCGCCGCCAGCAUGCAAGCAUAUUCUCGCCUGUGUACUGUUUGCGCGGUGUCCGGGGUUAUUCGGGGAUGGCGAUGAUGAUGAGGACCGGGGUGUUGAUGUUUCGAUGGAAGAAUUGGCUGGGUGGUGUGCGGGAUGGGGUGGUUAA